ACAUGUUCUACACACAUGUGCUUAUGAGUAAGCGAGGGCCAUUGGCCAAAAUCUGGCUUGCAGCUCACUGGGAGAAGAAACUUACAAAGGCUCAUGUAUUUGAAUGUAAUCUAGAGAUAACCAUUGAAAAAAUUCUUUCACCUAAGGUGAAAAUUGCACUUCGAACUUCAGGACACCUUCUUUUGGGAGUUGUACGAAUCUAUAAUAGGAAGGCAAAAUAUCUUUUGGCAGAUUGCAGUGAAGCAUUGCUUAAAAUGAAGAUGACAUUUCGCCCAGGACUGGUUGACCUUCCAAAAGAGAAUUUUGAAGCUGCUUACAGUGCUAUCACAUUGCCAGAAGAAUUUCAUGAUUUUGACACCCAGAAUAUGAAUGCUAUUGAUGUUUCAGAACACUUUACUCAGAACCAAAGCAGACCAGAGGAAAUCACACUUACAGAAGAUUAUGGUAAUGAUCUACUUUUCCAAGCUGGAAGCUUUGGGGAGGAACCAGAAAUUCUCAGAAGACAUAGCCUCUUUGAUGACAACAUAUUGCUGAAUUCCAGUGGUCCUUUAGUUGAACAUAGUUCUGGAAGCCUUGCCGGAGAAAAAUCUCUGUUCUAUGACAGUGCAGAUGGAUUUGGAGAUGAAGGGGCUGCAGGAGAGAUGAUUGACAACCUACUGCAAGAUGAUCAAAAUGUCCUGUUAGAAGAUAUGCAUUUGAGCAGAGAAAUUUCUCUGCCUCCUGAGCCUCCUGAUACUAUAGUGGUGGAACCAGAUAAUCCAGAGUAUAUAUGUCUACCUGAAAAUGGAAAAAUGGAUGAAACAUUAUCAAAUGAAGAACAAGGAUUUACCCUUGACCCAAUUGAUGCUGCAGACAUUGCCGAGAAGAGAAAAGGCAGAAAGAGGAAAUUGCUCAUAGAUCCAAUCAAGGAGAUCAGUAACAAAAUUAUGCAUAAACAACUUACUUCCUUUACGGACACACUUAUGGUUUUGGAACUUGCACCUCCUACCCAAAGAUUAAUGAUGUGGAAGAAGAAGGGAGGAGUGGACACACUUCUGUCAACUGCUGCCCAGGAUUUGACUCAUGCUGAACUGAAAAUGUUGUUUACAAAAUGCUUUCUGUCCUCUGGCUUUAAACUUGGAAGAAAAUUGGUACAGAAGGAAUCAGUAAGGGAAGAAGUGGAAAGCAAAAACAUAAUAGAGACCUCCAUGAUGGAAGAACAAAAUUCCCAGCAAGACUUAAAUCAAUCCAAAACUUGGAAGGAUGUGAUUGAUGGAUCUAAGUGUAGCUCUCAUGAGGAUAUCAAUAAAAAUAUUAAUUCUGAGCAGGAUAUUGUUGAAAUGGUAACUUCCGCUACUGAGGAAUCCUUUUUAAUGAAUGCCGUCUUAGCACAAGAAAUUGAGAAUUGUACAGUGGAGUUGGAGUCAUCGGGGAAUGAACAAAAUAUUGAGACAGAGAGAUGGAAUCGAAGAAUUCUUCGGAUGUUAAAUAGUUUGCAGGAAUCCAACAAGAUGGGAAUGCAGUACUUUAGUCUGAUGAAGCUCUGCAGAAAUAGUGACCGAAAACAAGCUGCUGCCAAAUUUUAUAGCUUUCUUGUCCUAAAAAAAUAUCAGGCUAUUGAGCUGAGCCAGAGUACUCCCUAUGCAGAUAUUAUAGCUACAGUGGGACCAAUGUUCCAUAAAAUGUGAAGGAAAUCCAGAACAUACAAAUUUAUGUAAUCAUUGGAAUUUCUG